AUGGCGCCCGCAGAAGCACCCGCGUCCCCUUCCUCCCCGGUGGCGCAAUCCACCACCAAGGAAACCUUCCACCUGAUCAACGCGCCGGGCGACGCCAUCCACGAGGCCCUGACGGGGCUGACGCAACACCACCCGUCGCUGUCGUACGCGCCCACGCACAAGAUCGUCUACCGCAGCGACUUGGCCGACUUCCGCAGGGACCACGUCACUACUAUCGGUUUCUCUGGUGGAGGACACGAACCCAUGUUCGGCGGCUUCGUCGGGCGGUCCUUCCUCAGCGCCUACGUCUCGGGCAACGUCUUCGCGUCGCCCACCGCGGCGCAGAUCCUCGAAGCCAUCAAGCUAUGCCAGCCGCUCGACGGCGACAACGGCGACAGCCACCAUCAACACCAACAUCCCGGCACCCUCGUCGUGUGCGGCAACUACACGGGCGACAUCCUCAACGCGGGCCUGGCCAUCACGCGGGCGCAGGCGCUGGGGUACCGCGUCGCGUUCGUGCCGGUGGGCGACGACGUGGCGGUGGGGAGGCGCAAGGGCGGCAAGGUGGGGCGGAGGGGCCUGAGCGGGCAUCUGGUCGGGCUGAAGGUGGCGUGCGGGGUGGCGGAGAGGGAGAAGGGGGGUGUGGGGUAUGGGUUGGAGAGGGUGAGGGAGGUGAUGGAGUGGGUGGUGGCGAAUGUGGGGACCGUGGGGGUGGCGUUUGAUCGCGUUUCUCUCCCUACGGGCACCGUGGCUCCAGUCCCUCUCCUCCCGCCCGACACCAUUGAGCUGGGCAUGGGUGCCCAUGGCGAGCCGGGGCUGCAGCAAAUUUCGCCUCCCCCAGCGCCGGCGAAGCUCGUCGCGCAGAUGAUUGACCUGAUUACCAACACCGAUGACGAGGAUCGAGCGUUUGUUCCUUUCCCGGGAGGCGCCACCCCAGAGAACCCUCACCGUGUGGUCUUGGCUCUGAACAGCCUGGGGAGCACAAGCGAUGCGGUUCUAGCGGCUUUUGCGGAGCUGGCAAAGGAGGAGCUGGCGAGGAAGAACUAUGUCGUUGAGAGGGUUCUGCUGGGUCCGCUCGUGACAAGUUUGAAAAUGAGCGGGGUAGGAAUCACGGUCUGGAGAUUGCCUGGAGAUGAGGAGAAGAGUCCACUGAAGAGAGGAGAAGCAUUGGAUUUAUGGGACGGGAACGUCGACGUUGUUGCGUGGAGGCAGUGA